AUGUCUAAUCUCGAAACCCAACACCACAUCUCCCACUCUGGACCAGAUUCCGCGAGUUCGGCAGCAGAAUAUGGCGUGCCACCCACCACUCUUGCCGACUCGGUGACCGAAGAGCUGGAGGAGACAGAAACAGCAGGGCACGACAUAACAGAGGAGAAGACUGACAUAGCGCCGGCCGACCCAAUGCAAGACCCUAGCCGGAUAACGGGGCUGGAAAGAUGGGCAGUCCAGGCUUCGGAUUCGCAGUUCAAUGCGCUCGCCGGCGCAGUGGGAGGCUUGAUGUCCGGCGUGAUUACCUGCCCGCUGGAUGUCAUAAAGACCAAGUUGCAAGCGCAGGGCGCGGGGCACCAUGUGGGCCAGCCUAGGAUGUACAAUGGCUUGGUAGGCACGGCGAAGGUAAUAUGGAAGCAUGAGGGCAUUCGCGGCAUGUAUAGGGGUUUGGGUCCCAUAAUAAUGGGUUACUUGCCCACUUGGGCCGUCUGGUUCACAGUCUACAACAAGAGCAAGAUAUGGCUAGGCGAAUACUCCGACAAACCAGUUGCGGUAAACUUUGGCGCAUCCAUCAUAGCUGGCGCUAGUAGUACCAUCGCGACCAACCCGAUAUGGGUCAUCAAGACCCGACUGAUGUCGCAGUCAGCAUCGCACGACACCCCUUGGCACUACAAGUCCACGUUCGAUGCCGCGCGCAAGAUGUACACCACCGAGGGCAUUCUGGCCUUCUACUCCGGAUUGACACCUGCUCUUCUGGGUCUCACUCACGUGGCCGUCCAAUUCCCCGCCUACGAGUUCCUCAAGACCAAGUUUACUGGACAAGGCAUGGGCGGCGCCGCCGGCGACCAGAACACCAAGCCAAGCUUUAUGGGCACUUUUGCCGCCUCCGUCCUCUCCAAGAUUCUCGCCAGCAGCGCGACGUAUCCCCACGAGGUCAUCAGGACGAGACUGCAGACACAGCGCAAGCCGAUGCUGGAACAGGAGCACUUGCAGGGUCUGGAGUGGUUUCCAAGAACGGCGCUGAGUCAAAGCAGCUGGCAACAUCACUGCCCAAGUACAGAGGCGUGGGUGGAGGCGUUUUACGCUGGUAUGGGAACCAACAUGAUGAGAGCCGUCCCCGCGGCGACCGUCACCAUGCUCACGUACGAGUACGUGAUGAACCACCUGAAGCAGGCGAGGCAGCAUGGAAAGGAGAAGCUGGCCAAGGUUGCGGAGGUUGCGGCUGUGAAGGCUGAGAGUGGAGAGAGGCUUGAGAGGCCUGAGAUUUCCAGCAGCACCAGCAGCUAG